UGACGCAUAACGUAGUGUGACCACAGAUGAUAAAUGCAAUAUCACCGGUUUGCAAUUCAGAUGGCCAAUUCUUCUGCGCCACCCGAGCUUGAAAAGCAGAACGGCACCCAGGACAUGUUGGAGUUAACCAACGAUUUAGAAAGGAUGAUUGAAGACGUUGAAAACCUAUCAGUGCAGCUGACCUGGAUGACUUACGACGUGGUCAGGCUGCGGAUCAGUCCUGAACUGGUGGAGUCAAUGCAGAAACUAAAGGAUGCUUGUGACAGGUGCAAAGUGGCGGUGUACAGAGAUCAAGACCAGGAGCAAGAUAAAUGUACUGAGCCUCAUACGUAGUUA